ACGGCAUCGAAACAUUGACAUAUACUACGAUAUAAUUGCUAAUGUGCGGGGAAAAAAGUUUUUCGAAGCGAUUGAGUUUGAAACUGCAUCAUGUUAUUUUCAGAAGCUCUCAAAUUUCUUUUAAACUCAUUGUGUUUGUUUCAACAUACUCACAGAACCUGAUGGAUCUAUUGAAUUAUGCAGUUACAUGAUUAUUCCCAAGUUCACUUCCAGCCCAUUUGUUUUUUCUCUAAUUCUGUUGCCAUCAGUGUUAUGAAACUGUUCUAAAAAAAUGAGAAUUGAAAAACAAGAAAGCCAGAAGGGUGAGAGGAUGAAAUUCAGCCGACUUCGUAUCAUCAAAAAUUUGACGAUCAUUUCGUUUUCAUUUGUUCUUUUGUUUACGGCUUACAAUGGCCUCAGCAUGCUUCAGAGCACUAUGAACAAAAUGGGAGGAGUUGGUACAGUUUCACAAGCAGUCGUGUACAUUUCGUUUGGUUUAUCAUCAUUAUUACUACCUAACUUCAUCAUUAAAAAACUGGGCACUAAGAAUACCUUAUUAUUUGCCAUGAUUCUGUAUUUGCCUUAUAUUGCAGCUAAUUUCUACCCAAUGUGGAUUACUUUGAUUCCUUCUGCAGUUCUCAUUGGCAUAGGGGCCUCUAUCCUUUGGGGUUCUCAAUGUACAUACUUUAACGAAUCCUCUGUCAUAUUUUGCACGCUGGAUGAAGAUGGCGUCGUUGAGAUUUUGAAUCACGUAGGCGAAACUUCAUCUAUUCGCACGAGUUCCGAAAGGCUGUCACAGUACAGUUCACCACAUCAAAGUACAGAAGAAUUAUCAUCCAGUAACAAUAACUCUAAAUGUGGUAUCGUGAAUUGCCAGUUGUCCAUCCGAAAUAUCAAACGUAAAAGUUUCGAAGAAUUAAGCAGAAAAGAUUCGAAUAAUUCAAACAAAUCGGAAGUAAAUACAGAUUCACUGAAAAGACAGCUUCAAGCUAAAAUAUCAUCAGAGGGAAUUCAAAACAAUGCAUGUGAUUCACUAAAACGACAACAUCAGGUUACGGGACAACCAGAUGGCAUUCAGAACUCAAAGGGUGAUUCUCUAAAGAGGCAAUAUCAUGCUGGACAACAGACUGAUGACCAUAUGCAACAAAAAAAGAGGCAAUUAAGUAACAUAAAUGAAGAAGAUAUUAGCAUUAUUUUUAAAUCUAAACCUCUAGAAGUUUCAAAGCAAAUUUUACCACAAGGAAUUAGUUCUUUACCUUCGGAUGCAAUUCCUAGAAAAGACACCGGUGAAUUAGAAAUUUUCGAAACAUAUGCCGCUAUUGAUUCGGCUAAUGCAUGCUUCUUUGGCUGUCAUGGAUUAGCAUACUAUUCAGCUCAAGUCUGGAGUAAUUUAAUGACCUAUUAUGUCCUUCAUAAGCAUAAAUCUCAUAAUUUCAGCAGAAUUUAUAGCUGCUCAUGUGGAGCGGACUUCUGUGAUCCGGAGCCUGAAUGUGUAAAUGAUGAUACUGAUGAUAUUACUCCAGAUACUCGAUACAUGCUAACAGGACUAUCAGUUGGAUUAGGAGUCAUUGCAGUCUUGCUAAUCUUGUUAUUUUUGGAUCCUUUGAACAAAGCCAAAGAGCCCGUGACGUUUUCAUGGAAACAAGUUCUUGCAACCUUUAAUCAUUCCAAAAAGAAAGAACAAUUGUUUCUGGUGCCGUUGUCGCUUUAUGUUGGAAUGGCUCAAGGAUUUUAUACAGCUGAUAUUACUAAGUCUUACAUCGCAUGUGCUUGGGGCACCUCUCAUAUUGGGCUUGUCACAGUUUUCUACGGUUUGGCAUGUGCCCUGUCAUCGACAGUAUCUGGUUGUCUUGUCCAGUUCAUGGGCAGAAUACCCAUCUUUCUGAUUGGCCAAAUCGGGAAUAUAAUCAACUACACCUUCCUACUUAUGUGGAGUCCAGAAGUUCAUCAUCCAUUCAUGUUUUAUCUGGCAGCUGCCCUUUGGGGAAUCAUUACGGGGUUAUUCUGGUCACAAUUGCAAGCAUUUUAUGGAGUCUUGUUUCAAGGAGACGAAGAAGCAGCUUUUGGCAGCUAUUAUCUCUACAGUUCCAUGGGAUGGACUAUAUCUUUCUUGUACAGCAAUUAUAUUUGCACGGCCAUAAAAAUUUACAUCCUGUGCAGCAUAUCAUGCAUCGGAAUCGUAGGGUAUUUAAUUACUGAAAGGAAGCACCACAUAAGGAAGAAGCAGAUGAACGAACCGGACUGAUACUUGUUAUUGUUGUUGUCUUUACAAUUGCUCACAGUGAUAUUCAUAAGUAAUUAUUAUUUAAAAACAUAAUGUUGUCUGUCCAUUUGAUUUCCAUAUCUAAUUGAAUGUCGUAUAUCAUGAACAUGAAUAUUCUUCAUUUAUAAAGAGGCUAUGUCAACUCAUUGGUAUAUUUUUAAUUGUGUCUUGCAUUUAAAAUAUUCACAUUAUGGUAUGGAGUCAUAAGCUAUCUUUUAUGUACAUAUAUAUAAAAAUCUAUAAUAUUUGGAUGCACUUAUACUGUUAGAAGAGACCUUCCAAAUGUAUAUUUUGAGAUAUAUGCAUUUUCAUAAGUUAGACUAAAAAAUUUCCUUUUUGUCUAUUUCCAGAAUUAAUUAAUGCAUUAAUGAAUGUCUUUUAAGCAAUGGAUUAGUACUCAAAAUUAAGCAAAAUUUCAUUAAAAGGUUGCCAUAAAAUUUUAAUUCUUAAAAACUGCAUAAUUGUCCCAAUAAUAUUCAUAUAUCAUAUUUUAUAUCUUUAUCUAAUAGUAUAACGCAUCUCCCUUUCAGUUCUCAUAAUUGUAUCUCAAUCACUAUUUUUUAACAAUGUUUCUUAUGGAAAUAAAGAAUAUUGUGUAGGAAAUUUUAGAAAUCUGAAAUUCAAGAAAGUAUAGUUGCUUAAGGACUGUAUAACUUUGCACAAUAAUAUUCAUGUAUCAUUUGUUGCAUCUUUAUCUAACAAUAUGUUCCCCUAUCUUCUAUUAAUUUCACAUAAUUGUAUUUUUGGCACUAUUUUUAACAAUGUGCUUCUUAUAGAAAGGAAAAAUACUGUGCAAAACAUAUUUGAAAAUUUGAAAUAAAUUCAAAAUUAUUCAUUAAAUAUUAUUUUUUUAACUGCUGAAAAAAAAUUAUGGUACUUUUUUAAACCUAAUUUUCAGAACAAAGUAAUUAGAUAAUUUAUCUUUGCAAACUACAAUUUGCAGUAUCAUGCCCUAAAGCGAUAAAAAUAUUUUUAAAAAAUCUUUAAGAAUAAUUUUUAAUUAUUUUGAUUAAAAAUUAAUCAAAAUAAAAUGUUCUUAAACUAUCUGUGGAGAAACCUUAAGAAAAUCUGUGAGAAGACCUUUGGGACCUUAAGGAUAUCUGUGUAAAAUAUCCUUAAAUGACCUUAAUUUAUAAUUUUUUAAGCUAUUUUUUAUAAAUUAAAUAUUAUUUGACUUAUCGAGAAAGGGAAAUGUUUAAAUAAAAGAUAUCUAAAACGAUUUUGCAUUUAAAAAAUCAUAUUGUCUCUACCCUUUACCAUAAAAGCUUAAUUUCUGUUUGUCAUUAAUGGGAAUAAGAAUUUUGCUUAACUCCUGCUGUUUGUUCAAUCCAUUCUGAAAAUUUCAAAGCAUUUUAUGAAAACAGAAGAAAAAUCAUGGUAAUUUUAUUUAAUAAAGUGGAUUUAGCUUAAUUUAUAAGACGAUACUUUAGUAAAAAACCUAUCAGUUGCAAACUGCUCCAUAAGAAAUGUACGUGAAAAAGCUGUCAAAUGUGCCUUUCAUAUUUGACAUCUUUAUUUCUAUCCCUUUUUAUCAAAUUCUGUUCACAAUCAGUGAACUAUUAAUUUUUUUUUCUUUACAACAUAUUGGUAUAAUUGUAGAGUCAAUUUAUCUCACGGAAUUUUAAAAAAAAAUCUGUAUGUUCGUUGGAGAUAGAAUGGGUGGAUGGUAUAUGUUACUUGACAUUCUCGAAGUCUGUGGAUAAUUAUACCAUACGUUUUCUUCACUCGUCGCAGAACUAGCAUUUUCUUUUUCUUUUCCCGUGUUAAAUCAAUUUCUUAACUACACACUUCUAAAUAAUAAUAGGAGCAAUGUAUUCAAUACUUAAUAAUAUUUAAUUUGAAUAUUGUGUAUGCCAAUAUUAACCAAUUAAUGAGCUGAUGUGGGUUUAUAAUGAAUUAGGAAGAAAAUGCAAGAUGUUAAUAAUAAUAAUAAUAUAGUAAUAUUAUUAUUAUUAUUAACACACUGUAAAUAUUUCAGCAUUUUCUUUUCUAUUAUCAGAUUAUUAUCACAUGAUCUUUAUAACGA